CGUCAUCUCGGUGCCUUGGAGCAGGUGCAGCUGCUGCGCGCCUGUGGUCUCACAGAUCUGCUGCAAAAAGGUAAAGAACACGACACACACCCUGACAGAUCAGCGCUCGCUGCUGCAUGUGGCCUCCCUCGGCCGCACGACGCACCACAACCGGCCGUCGGUGCUCAUUCUCAGUUGCGUGCGUCAUUGUUUUCCCUGUGUUGUCAGGAGUGGGCCUUGUGGUGUGAUCCUACCAUCUCACACACGUCUGUGCUGGCUAUCUGGUGUUUGAGGAGGGCAUCUGAGUGAGUGACUCGGCAGCGGGUGUUGCUGGUAGUGGCGGGUUGAGUUGAGGCGCGGCAGAGGUGCCUGCCAGUGGUGCACGUUCAACUGCCGCAACUCUACUCCUUCGCCAAGCAACUGAUAUGGUAUGUCAGCUGACACACGUGGGCGGGGAGGGAGGCAGACUGGCAGGCAGGCAGGCGCAGGCAGAGAGAGGGGAAGAGCGAAGCCAAUCGACUGGCGGCGGCGCGUGUGUCUCAUCUCCCUCCCUUGUGUGGCAUGCAAUGCAUGUGUGUGUUUGUGUUGAUCCACAGAACGUGGAGAUGGCGGGUGGUUCGGAGGGCGCCAACCAGAACCACAUGGCCACCAACGGCCAGAUCGACACCGACCUCUACUCGCGACAGAUCGGGGCAUUCGGCUUCGAAACCAUGGGCAAACUCAUCAAAAUGAAGAUCCUCAUCUCAGGACUCAGGGGACUCGGCAUCGAGACCGGUACGGGACGCCUGUCUGCACGUCUGUAUCCAUGUGCCAUGUGUGUGUGUGUGUGUGUGUGUGUGUGUGUCUGUGUGUCUGUGUGUCAGCCAAGAAUUUGGUGCUGGCGGGUCCGAACACCGUGACGAUUCACGACGACUCUCUGGUGGAGAUGCGCGACCUGGGGUCCAACUUCUACCUGAGCGAGGAGGACGUCGGCAAGAAGUCCCGCGCACAGGCCUGCCUCAUGAAGCUCGCCGAACUCAACACCUACGUCAGCGUCAACAUCCACACCGGACCCAUCACACCCGACCUCCUCAAAAACUUCAACGUCUGUAUCUUCUCGGAAACCUCCCGGUAGGUAUGGUGGCAAUCGCCCACACACACACACCCUCACACACAUGGAGGGAGGGAGGGAGGGAGGGAGGGAGGGGGAGAGGGAUGCUCACACUGGUUGGUGUGUGUGCGUGAUGGCUGCCAGCCGGAGUUUGAUUGAGUACAACAACUUCUGUCGGUCCCAGAGCCCCCCGAUCGGCUUCAUCGCGGCCGACUGCUUCGGCCUGGCCGCCUCGGUGUUCGUCGACUUCGGCGACCAGUUCACCUGCCACGACAAAGACGGAGAGGAACCCAAAAGCGCCAUCAUCAACGGAAUCACACAGGCACGCCGCCCAUCUCCACAUUCCCACAUCACACGAGAUGGGUGGUCUCUGUCUGUCUGUGUGUGUGUCCGUGUGUGAGUGCAGGACAACCCCGGGUCUGUGACGCUGCACAGCGAGCGUCCCUUGCCCUUCCAGGACGGCGACUACGUGACGUUCAGCGAGGUGCGGGGCAUGACCGAGGUCAACGACCUGCCGCCACAGCAGAUCAAAACCACCGGCAAAUACACCUUCACCUUCGGCGACACAUCCAAGUUCCAGCCAUACGAACGGUACGUGGCCGUGCCGUCACCCACACACGGCACGACAGGGGGAGAGAGGGGCGGUGUGACUGUGUGUGUGUGUGGGUGGGUGGGUGGAUGGGAUGGGAUGCAUGUGUGUGUGUGUCUUAAUAUAGCGAGGGGAUCGUCACGCAGGCCAAGGUGCCGGUGACGCUCAAGUUUAAGUCGUACGAGACCUGCUGCGCCAAACCUCUCGCCGACGGGUCGGUACACACACACACACACACACAAACACACACACAGAUCCGUCCACUGGCGUGCGUGUGCGUGUUCAGUGAGGAGAUGCUGAUGGUGCCUGAUCUGGCCAAGUUCGGCCGCUCGGAGCAGCUCCACUUCGCCACACAAGCGUGCCUGCACUACAUGGUAUCUCAGCCACCCCGCACCCCGCACCACACUCACCUCACCCGCACACAUCUCUGUCCUGAUGUGAUGUGCUGUGGUGUGAUGUGAUGUGGUGGUUGUUCAGGACAAGCACGGUCGUCUGCCGCCGGUGCGAGACGCGUCCGCUGUGUCUGACUGCAUGGAGAUCGCCACACGCCUCAACGAGGAGGCACAAAAGGACGGAGACGGCACUGUGACCGUCGAAAAGGUACGCCUUACCAAACACACACACACACCACCAGCACCACCACCCUCCACACACAUACAUGUGUGUGUGUGUGUGUGUGUGUGUCGAUCUGAUCAGAUUGACGAGAUGGUGCUCAAGGCGGUGGUGUCGUACGCGUCGUGUCAGAUCUCACCCAUGGUCGCCUUCAUCGGCGGCGUUGUCGCGCAGGAGGUCAGUCAGUCCGCAACACACGCCACACCACACCACACCACACCACACACACAGGCAUAUAUCCACACACGUGUAAGCAACCGUGUGUGUUAUGUCUGUUGUGGUGCAGGCGGUCAAGUACACGGGCAAGUUUGGCCCACUGCGCCAGUGGCUCUACGUCGACGCAUUCGAAUGCCUCGGCAAGGAGGAAGCCACAGGUGAGUGACUGAGUGAGUGGGCGCCAUGGUGUGGAUCAGAUCAAGUCGAGGCAACCAUGCGUCUGGCUGUCUGUCUGUCUCUUGUCGUGUCGGUGUCUCGAUCGGCCGAUCGACUGACACCAGACACCGCGUCGACCAACUCUCGGUACGACGACCAGAUCGCCAUAUUCGGCCAGGUCUUCCAGCAGAAACUCGCCAACAUGAAGAUCUUCCUGGUGAGUGAGUGACUGUCGCACGCACACACACAAGAGCUGAGCUGACGGCGAGUGUGUGUGUGCGUGUGUGUGUGUGUGUCCGUGUGUGUGUGUGUGUGUAGGUCGGUGCGGGUGCGUUGGGCUGCGAGUUUUUGAAGAAUUUCGCACUCAUGGGCGUCUGCUGUGGCGGCAAGGGGUGAGCGAGGCGGUGGGUGCAUUCAGACAUACUACACCUUACCACACGUGUUUUGGUGUGUCGGUUGUGUGCCGUGCCAUCCAUGAUCUGAUCAGCAAGCUGACGGUGACCGACAUGGACCGCAUCGAAGUCUCAAACCUCAACAGACAAUUCCUCUUCAGAAAGGUCGGGAGGGAUCAGACCAAACACCACCCACACCAAAGACAGACACCACAGCAACAGACGGACCAGACCUGCUGUCAUGUACUGUGCUGUGCUGUGCGUGUGUGUUGGUGUGUAUUGGUUGGUGAUGCGAUCGAUGCAGGAGCACGUGGGCAAGCCAAAGUCCAAGACGGCCGCUGCUGCAGCCGAAGAAAUGAACAAAGUAACUUCAGGACACACAAAGAUGGAAACCAUCACAGCUGUGACGGCACGCACUCUGUGUGCGUCUGCACCUUCCUGUACCACUCACUCAUAUGUGUGUUGUGUGUUGUGUGUUGUGUGUUGUGCGUUGUGUGUUGGUUGCAGGAGCUGAAGGUGGAGUCCAGUGAGGUUCGUGUGGGUCCCGACACAGAGGACACCUUCAACGACGCCUUCUGGGACUCACUCGACUGCACCGUCAACGCACUCGACAACAUACAGGUCUGGUCUGGUUUGUGGCAGUGCAGUGCACAGCCCACUCCCUCCACAGCACAGCACAUCCCGUUGUGUAUGUGUGUGUCUGUGUGUGUGUGCGUGUGUGGCUGCAUCACACCACGUCAGGCCCGUUUGUACGUUGACCAGCGCUGCGUGUGGUACCUGAAGCCUCUGCUCGAAUCAGGCACACUGGGAACCAAAGCCAACGUCCAGGUCAGUUGAGUCAACCCUAGCUAGACACACAACACACAAAGCCCUCCCUCCCUCCCCCCCACACACAAAGACACUUUCCCCAGUCAGUGCGCGUUCGUUGAUGUGUUGUGUUGUGUUUGAACAGGUAGUGUUGCCGCACAUGACCCAGUCGUAUGGCGACUCGCAGGACCCCCCGGAGGAGAGCAUCCCGCUGUGCACCCUCAAGCACUUCCCGCACCAGAUCGAGCACACCAUCGAGUGGUCGCGUGACGCCUUCCAGGGGCUCUUCCAGGACGGCCCGCAGGAGGUGCUCACCUUCCUCAAGGACCCCCAGGCCUACCUCGCCAAACUCAGCACCGAGGGCAGCCCGGCGCUGCAGAGGGAGAGGCUCGUCAAAAUCAAGACGCUGCUCACGUAAGCAGCCGAAAUGAAUGGGCAGAUCAGAGACGUGGUGGUGUGUGAUGUGAUGAUGGGUGUGUUGUGUUGUGUUGUGGCUGGUGUGGUGUGUCAGAACGAUCAAGACGGGUGCGACGAUGCAGGCGUGUGUGGACCGGGCUGUCAAGGUGUUCCAGGUACAUAGGCCCGCCAACCAGCCAGCCAGGCCGCCACAGAAAGAAGAAUGGCACACCACACCUGUGUGUUUGUGUGUGUGCUCCUGUAGGAUUUCUUCCACGACCAGAUCGCCCAGCUGAUCCACACAUUCCCACUCGACCACACCACCUCCGAAGGUGAGUACGUCCCACCCACCCAAACACACCGCAGCAGGCCAUCCUUUGUCUGUGUCUGCCUGCCUCAUACACCACACACAGGUCAGCCAUUCUGGAGCGGGCCGAAGCGGCCCCCCACACCCAUCAGCUUCGACGCAUCUGACGACACGCACCUCGUACGGCCCUACCGCACACACACACACACACACACACAGAGAGAGAGAGAGAGAGAUAGAGAGAGAGGAGAAACCUGAGCCACACGCGCAUUCUCUCCCUGUGUGUGUGUGUGUGUGUGUGUAGGAUUUCGUGAUGUCGUGUGCGAAUCUGUUUGCGUUCAACAUGGGAGUGCCCGAGUGCCGCGACCGCAAUGCCCUACGCGACAUGGCCAGGAAUGUCAAAGUCGAACCAUUCCGACCCAAGGAAAUGAAAAUCAAGGUGCGGUGCGCACGGAGCGGACACACAGACCGAUAGAUACACAGAUAACACACACAGCACGCUUGAGCUCUGUGUGUGUGUGUGUGUGUGUUUGUGUGUGGAUCAGACGAGUGACACGGACACGACUGUCGAGGGUUCGAGCGACGACGAGAUGGUCAUCCAGAAGCUCUCGGCCGAACUGUCCGCCAUCGGUGAGAGAAUGAUGCCUACGGAGGGAGGGAGGGAGGGGGGAUGCGGCCACGCACACAAGCGUCCACACACGUGCUGCGGGUUCACUUAUGCAUCGUUGCCCCCCUCUCUCUCUCUGUGUGUCUGGCCCUCUGUGUGUGUGUGUGUGUGUUCUCAGACGAGGCCUUCAAGAAGUCCAUCAGCCUCAACCCAUCGGAAUUCGAAAAAGUCAGUCAGCGGUGCGGUUGGUUCGCGGACGCGGGAACCUCUCCAUUGAUGGGCGCGUGUGUGUGUGUGACCCCCCCACCCCCCACGACGUUUGUUUGUCAGGAUGACGACACCAACUUCCACAUUGACUUCAUCACGGCAUGCGCCAACCUGCGGGCACGAAACUACAAGUACAGGCACACACACACACACACACACGCACCUCCCACCAUCGAUGCAUCGCUCUCCCUCCCUGUGUGUGUGGUGGUAAUCUAAUCGUGUUGACUCACCACAGGAUCACGGAGGCGGACCGCCACAAGUGCAAGAUGAUUGCCGGCAAGAUCAUCCCUGCCAUCGCCACCACUACCGCCAUGGUCACCGGUAGGGACCUACCUCAACGAACCACACACACAGCACCUGAAGACGGCACAAAAUCAAUGCCUCAUGCAUGGUCGAUGGAUGGAUGGCGCACUGUUUGUACGGCGCGGUGCAGGCAUGGUGAGCCUGGAGUUGUUCAAGGUGGUCAACCGUGCUGAGCGCAAGAUCGAGGACUUCAAGAACGCAUUCGUCAACCUCGCCCUGCCCCUAUUCCUCUUCUCUGAACCUCUCCCGCCCAUCAAGACCGUCGACAAGGUCACACACACACACACGCACACACACACCUCUGUGUGGAUCUGGGCGUGGGUGUCCUGUGUCAUGUCAGGACCACGAUCCGAUCAUUAUGGGUCCGGUGAAGGCCCGGCCCUACGGCUUCACGCCGUGGGACAAAGUGCACAUCAGCAUAUGUAGGAAGGAAGCUCCACACCACACAAGACACAGCCCAGCCACACAGGACAUUUCUUAUGAGGGUAUCUAUCUGUCAUGUGUCUGCGGUGUGUGGUAUGGUGGGUGCAGCGAACGGGACGUUGCGUGACCUGAUAGACUAUUUGGCCAGGCACCACCAGGUGUCGGUCAUGAUCCUGUCGGUGGGCAACGCCUGCCUCUACAACGCAUACCUCCCCACGCACAGAAACCGACUCGACAAACAAAUCGUGCGGGUACGUAGGCCGGUGCUGGUCGGACACACUGACACACACAGACACAGAGAGAGACCUGCGGAUGGAUGGAUGGAUCAGCUGUGGGAGGAGAUUUCCAGGUCCACGCUGCCACCUGGCCGCACAUACGUCGCCGUCGAGGUCAGCGAGUGACACACACAUCACAUCCACACACAAACCCAGCAACACAGACACACAUUUCAUUCAUUCAUUCAUUCAUUCAUGUGUGUGUGUGUGUGUGUGUGUGUAUUGUAGGCGUCGUGUGCCGACUCGAACGACCAGACGGACGUCAUCAUCCCGACCAUCAAGUUCCAAUUCACCGACUGACCCACUCACCCACUCAUUCACUCAUUCACUGCUCCUCGCUGCCUGCCUGCCUACCUGCCUGCCUGCCUGCCUGCCUGCCUGCUUACGGGGCUGUCUGCGUCGGUCCGUCGGUGGCUGCAUGUGCGUUGCGUGUGGAUGGAUGGAAGGGCGGUUGGCUUUACUUACAGCUGGAAGCAUGCGUUUCUGUGAUUCUCUCUCUGUCGCCGACGACCCACGUCAUCUCGCUCCCUCUCACUAUAUCUCGUCCUUCUGUAGUGUGUUGACACGCCCGUUGCCCAUCCUCCUUCGUCGAUCGCAUGACCUGACCCAUCGCACCGUGGGGGGAAGAAAGACAAACUGUGUGCUCCAUCCAUCCAUCCAUCCGUCGAUCCCACCCACCCACACCAGACAGGGAGCCGCUUAGCGAGAGACACAAGAACGAACGCAACGAGAGAGAAACGGGGCGGGCGAUCAGCGGUCUGUAUAGUUAGAUGCUCUCACAUGACUGACGAUGGAUGUCACAUGCGCCCGACCCGACCGACCGUCAUGUGAGGCAGACAGGACAGGUAGCUCAGCUCGGUGGGAGGAAGAAAGAACGAGUGCAUAGCGGAGCAGAGAGAGCAGCCGAACGAACGAACGAAUCAAGGCAGUAGCAUGCAGUAGCAGCAGACACACUCACUGACGUAGAAGCGCAGCAAGGGGC